AUGUCUCCCCUUACUCUUCUAGCUUCUAGUGUCGAGAGAGCUCUCAAGGGUCGUUACCACACCACCAGAGCCCUCAAGGGUCGUUACCACACCACCAGAGCCCUCAGGGGUCGUUACCACACCAGAGCCCUCAAGGGUCGUUACCACACCACCAGAGCCCUCAGGGGUCGUUACCACACCAGAGCCCUCAAGGGUCGUUACCACACCACCAGAGCCCUCAGGGGUCGUUACCACACCACCAGAGCCCUCAAGGGUCGUUACCACACCACCAGAGCCCUCAGGGGUCGUUACCACACCACCAGAGCCCUCAAGGGUCGUUACCACACCACCAGAGCCCUCAGGGGUCGUUACCACACCACCAGAGCCCUCAAGGGUCGUUACCACACCACCAGAGCCCUCAGGGGUCGUUACCACACCACCAGAGCCCUCAAGGGUCGUUACCACACCACCAGAGCCCUCAGGGGUCGUUACCACACCACCAGAGCCCUCAAGGGUCGUUACCACACCACCAGAGCCCUCAGGGGUCGUUACCACACCACCAGAGCUCUCAAGGGUCGUUACCACACCACCAGAGCUCUCAAGAGUCGUUACCACACCACCAGAGCUCUCAAGAGUCGUUACCACACCACCAGAGCUCUCAAGGGUCGUUAUCACACCACCAGAGCCCUCAGGGGUCGUUACCACACCACCAGAGCCCUCAAGAGUCGUUACCACACCACCAGAGCCCUCAAGAGUCGUUACCACACCACCAGAGCUCUCAAGAGUCGUUACCACACCACCAGAGCUCUCAAGAGUCGUUACCACACCACCAGAGCUCUCAAGGGUCGUUACCACAUCGCCAGAGCUCUCAAGGGUCGUUACCCACACCACCAGAGCUCUCAAGGGUCGUUACCACACCACCAGAGCUCUCAAGAGUCGUUACCACACCACCAGAGCCGGAUGUGUGACGUAAGGCUGUCCUCCAAGCGGAUCCUUCACUAA